AUGCUGUGCCACUAUGAGUAUGAGCCGUCCCUACAAGGUUACUGUUUUCUGGACGACAUCGGCCAAGGCACCUUCGGUGUGGUGAAGCGGGCCCACGACUUCACCACGGGCAAGGAGGUAGCGAUCAAAAUCAUGAGGCGGGAUGCUGAUUCAUCCAAAAUCGCAGAGCGUGAGGCGGCUAUCAUGCGCAGCUUACGUCAUAAACAUAUAAUACGCCUUUUGGAGGUAAGACACAAAAGGAAACACGUUUUCCUCGUUAUGGAGUUGGCAGGUAAGGGCACCUUGAGCGACUAUGUGCAUCACCAGGGCGGUCUGGGUGAGGCAGAGACGAGGUUUCUGUUUAGGCAGGUCUUGUCUGCCAUCACGUACUGUCACAGCCACUGGGUGGCACAUAGAGACUUAAAAUUAUCCAACAUAUUACUAGAUGCCCAAAUGAAUACGAAGCUCGCUGAUUUUGGGCUGAGUGCCCGCUUAGAGCAGGGGGAGCUGGUCACCGGCUUCUGUGGGACACCUGAAUACUGUGCCCCUGAGCUCUUUUUAUCCAAACCGUACGAUGCAUACAAAGCUGACCUUUGGAGUAUGGGGGUGAUAUUAUACACAAUGCUCACGGCCUCCACACCCUUCUAUGGCGACGAUAACUCAGAAAUCUUGGCCAAUAUAUACGAAGAUAGUUACAUCCUGCCACAGUUUACCACCAGCCCCCUGCGGGAACUCCUGUCCUGCCUGCUUUCCCUGGAUCCUGACCAGAGGCCCACAGCCAACACCGCAUGUAAACACUGCUGGUUUACUCACUGCCAGGUUACCAGCCAGGUUACCAGCCAGGAGGACGAGGGGACUCAGGUACAGCUGAUGGGCACCCCCCGGGACCCAGAAGCUAGGCGAUAUCUUUUAGCUCUCGGCCUGCUACCAGACAACCAUGCCACUGCACCGGGACCCAGGGGUCUAGAAGCAAUAUCAGAGAUCUCAGAGUCCAACACUGGGGAGAACAUGGGAUCACGAUCCAUCUCUGUGCAGCCCAGGCUGGAGGGGAGUCACAGCUCCUCCAAACCCCAGGAUCCCAUACAAGAGACAAGGGCUGAAUGUUGCCCUCCAGAAGCCCAGUCCCUGGUAGGGCCCCAGGGCCUCCGGGAGCCAGUGCCCAAGGCUCGCCCUGAAGUCGAUGUCACUAAUUUGGUGCUUCUUCACCUCCUGGAGGAGGAGUGGGAAGAAGGCGAGAAGGAGGAGGGUGAUUCUCUCUGCCUGCUGGAGGAAGACGACAAGGGCCUGGGGCACAGCUGGACUCCCAAGACAAUCCCCGGGGGGUCGCCUUGCAUCCCCAGUGCCCAAAGCACUGACAGCUUCACUGAGGCACAGUCCACAAGGGAGCCUCAGCAGUCAUGCUCCAAAUCUGCCUAUACAACCACUGCUGAAGCCACCACUACCGUCAUAUCAGCCACAGGUACCAGCAAGCCCACCGCCACAAACACUGCCGAUGCCACCACCAACACCGGCAAGCCCACGGUGACAACUGCUGCUGCCACCACCAGUAACACCAAGCCCACUGUCAUAACCACCACUGCCACCACUGCUGCCACCACCGUCACUGCCGCCACCACCGCCACUGCCGCCACCACCGCCACCACCGCCACCACUGCCACUGCCGCAGCCACCAAAUACUGUGCCACAGCCAUUGCUGCUUUAGCCGCUACAACCAUCAAGCCAGACGCCACAACCACCACCACCACUGCCACAGCCAACAUAUCCACUACCAGUACUGCCAAGUCCACUGCCAAAACCACCACAGCCGCCACAGCCACCACCAGAUCUGCCACGGUUGCUGCUGCCGCCACAACCAGUGCUGUUGCCUCCACAAGAACCACUUACGCCACCACAGCCAGCGCUGGGGCCACAGCCGCCACAGCCGCCACAAUUCCUUUUUAA